GUGUGUUGGUGUAUGUGAACCAGUGUCGUCCAUGUUUGUGUUGUGUCAGUGUUGUGGCUCAUAAUGGAAGACUUAUCAAAACUAGAGAGACUCUCACUGGUCUCUAAGAUCUGUGUUGAGUUAGAAAAUCAUUUAGGAUUAAAUGACAAGGACGUGGCGGAAUUCAUCAUUUCCCUUGCUGAGAAGAGUAAGCGCCUGGAUAAGUUCAAGAAGGAGCUUGAAGACAAUGGAGGAGAUCAGUUUGCGGAUUCAUUUGUUGAAAGUCUGUGGAGACUGAUCCAACACAUGAUGCCUUCUCUGACAGCUGUUCCUGCUAGUGAGAAGAUCAAGGAGGAGGCAAACAAACCCAAAACAGAUAAAGAGAGAAAGCGAGCAUUAUUACCUUUCUUAGCACUACCAAAUGAUCCCAAGGUCAUCCAUAUGUUUGAUGAUGAAAUCAAACCAGAAUUGAAAGUAAAAGAAGAGAUUUCUAAAGUAUGUAAAACCAGAGUUAAGGAGGAAAAGGAGAAAAAGAAAGAGAAAAAGAAAAAAAGGAACAAAGAUCAUGACAGAGACAGAGAAAAGUAUGAUAAAGGUAUUAAAAAGGAACCAGAAGCUGAGGUUGAUGAUCUCAUGGCCUUUCUAGAGUCUCAUGCUCCUUCCAAGCAGAAUGAAAUAUCCCGAAGUAGGAGUAGGAGCAGAGAACGGAAAAGAAAGUCUAGGUCCAAAGAAAGGAGGAGAAGUCGUAGUAACAGUAGAGAAAGGUGGGACAGAGAACGAAAGAGAUCCAGAAGUCAAGAGAGACACAAAAAUCGAAGAGAUCGUAGUCACAGUAGAGAUAGAGAGAAAAGACGUCGGAGUCACAGCAGGGACAGAGAUAGAAGAAAUCGUAGUCAUAGUAGAGACAAGGACAGAAGAGUAAAUGGUCAUGAGAGAGACAGAGAUAGAUACCAUGACAGGAAGGAUCGUGACAGACGAGACAGAAGUAGGUCUCGUGGCAGAGACAAACACAGUAGACAUAGCAGAAGCAAGAGUCGUGAGAAGGACUUAAACAGGAAUCGUAUGGGGAACAGGGAUGUGUUUAUCAAUCGUCCUCCAGAUGAGAAUCCUGUUGUGGGUAAGGUUUAUGAGGGUAAAGUGACAAACAUCUUGAAUUUUGGCUGUUUUGUGCAGCUAGAAGGGUUAAGGCGUAGGCUGGAAGGCCUUGUGCAUAUCUCACAACUGCGACGGGAGGGUCGUGUUACCAACGUGUCUGAUGUCGUUAUGCGAGGUCAAAAAGUGAAGGUGAAGGUGUUAUCAUUUACUGGUCAGAAGACAUCAUUGUCAAUGAAGGAUGUCGACCAGGAGACUGGUGAGGACCUUAACCCCAAUGUGGCUCCUUUGGGUAACAGCAGCCAGGAGGAGGAUGCAAUGAGGAACCCUGAUAGACCCAUGUCCCUCAUGGAGCUCACUAAAGGCACUGAUGAAGAAGAUCUUGCAACAUACAAGCGGGUUAAUCGAAUCUCUUCACCUGAACGGUGGGAGCUAAAGCAGAUGAUGUCUGCAAGCUGUAUCAGUAAAUCAGAGAUGCCAGACUUUGAUGAGGAACAAGGGGUAAUGGGUGGUGAAGAUGAUGAUGAAGAAGAUGUAGAGAUUGAACUUGUGGAAGAAGAACCUGCCUUCUUGAGGGGUUAUGGUAGGGUAAGGGAGGAGCUCAGUCCUGUAAGGAUCAUGAAGAACCCUGAUGGCUCAUUAGCACAGGCAGCAAUGAUGCAAAGUGCACUGGCAAAAGAACGAAGAGAAAUUAAGAUGGCUCAAAGAGAGAGUGAAAUGGACUCCCAGCCAUCCAAUCUUGGACAGAACUGGAAUGAUCCCCUUCCUGAAACUCAGCGCAAUGAUCCGACUAUGUCUCGUGGGUUACCUUCUCAGCAGCAGGAAGUGCCAGAAUGGAAGAGACACAUCACAGGUGGUACUCGAGGAUCAUAUGGAAGGAAAACCAAUAUGUCCCUUCUAGAGCAGCGGCAGAGUCUUCCUAUAUACAAACUACGAGACCAGCUUAUUAAGGCUAUUGAUGACAACCAGAUCCUUAUUGUUGUUGGUGAAACUGGGUCUGGUAAAACUACACAGAUGACUCAGUAUCUCGCAGAGGCAGGCUUUACUGCUAAGGGAAAGAUUGGCUGCACCCAGCCAAGGAGAGUGGCAGCCAUGUCAGUUGCCAAGAGAGUCUCAGAAGAAUUUGGGUGCAGACUCGGACAGGAAGUUGGUUAUACCAUUCGUUUUGAGGACUGUACAAGCUCAGAGACAGUUAUUAAAUACAUGACAGACGGUAUGUUGCUAAGAGAGCGUCUCAUUGACCCAGAUAUGUCAGGUUAUGCUUGCAUCAUGUUGGAUGAAGCUCAUGAAAGGAGUAUUCAUACAGAUGUUUUGUUUGGUCUUUUAAAGCAAGCAGUGGAAAAAAGACCUGAACUGAAACUUAUUGUUACAUCAGCCACGUUAGAUGCUGUUAAGUUUUCAGAAUACUUCAAUCAAGCUCCAAUCUUUACAAUUCCUGGUAGAACUUUCCCAGUCGAGAUCCUCUACACAAGAGAACCUGAAACAGAUUAUCUUGAUGCAGCUCUUAUUACUGUAAUGCAGAUUCAUCUCUCUGAGCCACCAGGGGAUGUUCUUGUCUUCCUCACUGGUCAGGAGGAAAUUGAUACUGCGUGUGAACUCUUGUAUGAACGCAUGAAAGCUCUUGGGAGUGAUGUGCCAGAACUUAUUAUAUUACCUGUGUAUUCAGCACUGCCUUCUGAAAUGCAAACAAGAAUAUUCGAGCCAGCACCCCCAGGAUCACGAAAGGUUGUGAUUGCCACCAAUAUUGCCGAGACGUCUCUUACUAUUGAUGGCAUCUAUUAUGUUGUAGAUCCAGGGUUUGUCAAGCAGAAAGUGUACAACCCUAAGACUGGCAUGGACUCAUUGAUGGUCACACCAGUGUCCCAAGCAGGAGCCAAGCAGCGUGCUGGCCGUGCUGGACGGACAGGACCAGGAAAAACAUACAGAUUGUACACUGAGCGUGCUUACAGAGAUGAGAUGUUACCAACAAGUGUACCAGAGAUACAGCGGACUAACCUUGCUACUACCGUGCUGCAGCUCAAAGCCAUGGGAAUCAAUGAUUUGUUGGGCUUUGCCUUCAUGGACCCUCCCCCAACAGAUGCUAUGGUAAUGGCUCUUGAAACUCUUCACUCUCUCAGUGCACUAGACGAUGAGGGUCUGCUAACAAGACUGGGUAGGAGAAUGGCUGAAUUUCCCCUGGAUCCAAACCUCUCCAAGAUGCUUAUUAUGUCAGUGCAUCUACAGUGUUCAGAUGAAAUCCUUACCAUUGUCUCCAUGUUGUCGGUGCAAAAUGUAUUUUACAGACCUAAAGAAAAGCAGGCUUUAGCUGAUCAAAAGAAAGCAAAAUUCAAUCAAGCUGAAGGGGAUCAUCUCACACUACUUGCAGUCUACAACUCUUGGAAAAACAAUAAAUUUUCCAAUGCUUGGUGCUAUGAAAACUUUGUACAGAUGCGCACACUCAAAAGAGCUCAAGAUGUCAGAAAGCAACUGCUUGGUAUAAUGGACAGACACAAACUGGACGUAGUGUCCUGUGGCAAGAACGUUGCUAGAGCUCAGAAGGCAAUCUGUUCUGGGUUCUUUCGAAAUGCAGCCAAGAAGGAUCCUCAGGAGGGCUAUCGAACACUAGUGGACUCCCAGGUGGUGUACAUUCACCCUUCAUCAGCUCUCUUCAAUAGACAGCCAGAAUGGGUCGUUUACCAUGAACUGGUGCAGACUACAAAGGAAUACAUGCGUGAGGUGACAACCAUCGACCCAAAGUGGUUGGUGGAAUUUGCCCCAUCAUUCUUCAAGCAGGGUGACCCAACCAAACUAAGCAAGUAUAAGAAAAACCAGAGACUUGAACCCCUAUAUAACAAGUAUGAAGAACCUAACGCUUGGAGAAUAUCCCGAGUCAGAAGAAGGAGGAACUGAGCAACAUAAUGUCCAUUCAUUUAUUUUUGCGUACAAGUUAGUGUUCUUGUAUCUCACAUAGAAGUCUUGCAAGCACUAUUCAAGACAAUAAAUAUUAUAGAAAUUACUUUGUACUUUAGAAUGUCAACAAAAUAAAUUUAUUUAUAAUAAUAUAAAUACAAUAUUGUAUUUUU